AUGUUGCUGGAACAAUUUCAACCGGUGGAACUCCCAUGCAGCUCCAAGUUGCCGAAACAAGCAAGCACUGGUGCACCCCCUCAGAACACCUUUCAAAGUCAACUGCUUGAAGCGGCCAAAUUGGUACACAACACCAUCCAAAGUUUUGAUCGGGGCUUGUGCACCAAGGAACCGUUUUGCCUGAGGUAUCCAACAUAUUCCAAGGUACUUGAAAACUCAAUCUCCAUGCAGGAUAAGUGUCGAGUCCUUCCAAAAGACAAGAUGGUGGUGUUACUGGAUGAGGCUGGGAUAUGUGUUGGUGUGGGUGUUCCACCUUUUGCAAAGGUCCCUGGCAAGCUCCACAUGGAACCAGACGAGCGUGCCUGUAAAAUCCUCAACAGCAUUGUUUCGACCAAUUCCUGGGAUACUGCGGACAACAAAGUUGCCUAUCUUUCCGCCCCUGUGCAACCACCUGCAAGCCCUUUUCCACUCGGCCCAAAAAAUAAGGGGGAAGUGCGAUCGUCAUCCGAGGCCAACAAAAAGCAGUCCAUGUUGUUUCAAGCUUAUGGAUAUGGGCUUGGUGAUGCCAAAUCUAAAGGGAUGCACGAUCUUAAAAUCCAGUUCAGCAAGAACCGUAUAAAUACUGCUAAGCUACAAGGUUAUGGUAAUUCUUGGAAGGAAAAGCGUUUUCUCCCCACACUUCCGAAUCCACUGCGCGAGAGCCAAAAUGCUAUUGACACCCAGGCCAUGGCCAAAUUCCGAAAUGAGAUCACUUUUUAUUCAAAGUUGUCUUUGUGGAUCAACAAAGCGUUUUUGCCGCGUUUGACAGACGUUGCUGAAGGUGCAGUUAAGUAUCUCAUGGGAUCCGAUUCUGAUUAUCUUGUUGAGACUUUGUCCAAAGAAUGCAACCCGAUACUUGCGUCUCAAACCAUCAGUGUCAACACUCAAGUCCAAACCCAUCGCGACAAGAAAAAUGCCUUGCUAUUUGAUUCCAGCUGUUUCUUUGGUAACCAUCUUGGCGGAGAAUUCCUACUUCCCUCUUUAGGUGUUGCAUAUCCAGGCCUCCACGGUUAUUCGUUCCAUGGUCCCCUCCGUAUUGUCCUGCACGGGGUUGCAAAGUUCACUUUUCCAGAAGAUCUCAAAGACCCACCUAGAAGAUACUCCGUGGCGUUUUGGAGCAGGGCAAGCUCUUUUGCAGCAGUUGCCAAGUGUUCAGCUUAUGAUGGAGGAAACCAGAAAAAGAGUCCGAAACAACAAUAG